AUGUCUUCAGAUGAGCAUGAGGAUUCCAUGCCAUUGCCAGAGGAGCAUGGGCAAGUUAACGUGGAAGAGGAGGCUCGAGUAGAAUCAGUGCAGGAUACACCAAGUGAAGCAUUACGCCGUGUUGAUGGAAGAGGAGGGGCAACCGCUGCUUUAUUCCGUCCUGGUCAAAGCGAUCCUUCUAAUUAUACCCCCGGAACAUUAUCCACUAGACGAGCCCCACCUGUUGAGGCACUGAAUGAUCUGCUAGUCCGGAUUAACUUUCCAUUACUGGAAAACAAUAUUGAGGGCAUUGCUUACGCAGCAGUAGUGGUACAAUACAGUGAAAUGGACGAUACAACACAGCCUAGUUAUUUGCCAUCUAGUACUACAGGUAUUCCAAUGUCGUGGCUACCAAGUGUACUACCUCCUUAUCAAAACCAAUUCUGCGUCUAUGUAUGGAACCUUCCGCAGCAAUUGGAGCAUUCAGAACUCAUAACCUUAUUCGAGCCUUUCGGACUGAUCGCAGAAGCCUUUAUGGAGUACAACUUGGCACACACUGAUAACCGGCGUCAUGGUAUUUCAUCAUUACCCAUUGCAAUCUGA